AUGGAUUUGGAAAUCAAGCCACCUUAUGUGUCUACGGCCCAUCUGGGACGGUCUCCGGAAACUUUGGUUCCAAUGGCCCGACAAAGUCGCGCUAGCAUGCCUGAAUUUCAUGGAUCCUUAGAGUCUCAAUGGACCGCGACAAGAUGCCAUCGGUUGCUUCGACCGUUGAUAUCUCGCAUAGCAGCUUUACAAAGGGAACUAGCCUGGCCUUCUAGUGAAGCGAUAGGAUGCCAGGACCAUGACUUGACCGGUGCCGGUAGCACUCUCUUCCGAGCAGCAGAACCGCGGAGGGAUCUCCCAAGGGCCAAACCCAAAUUCACGUACUCGUCCAAGGCUUCAAAACAACACCCGAUACAGUCCAGAACAGUCAAGAAGACCCCAGCAGCUUACUCAUCAUCAAAAGCCGCCACCAGCGAGGCCUUUGCUUGCUCGGAAACAGCGAUGCCUACACCGGUAGCGCGUAAGAUACGGAGUCACCAGUUAUCUUCACCAGUAGCAGUGGCCCCAGGGCCGGAGCCCGGCGUUAAAAGGGGCAGGCUACGAGCAACCCAGACUGCCUCCAAGGGAAGAACUUCUAUUUCUACGCGAUCAAGUACAAAUGCUGAGCUGGCAAAGUUACGACCUAAGGUGUCGGAAACUACCUUCAACAUAUUGGACUCAAUAAAUCGAUCGUUCGAGGCUAUAUUAUGGGCCACAGCAGAGCCUGCUGACUAUUCUGCGUCGAAAAAGUCCCUGUUCAGCAUGUGUUUACGGAAGUUGCCCGCUUACAUCUCUGGGCGACAGCAAUGGGAAAGGGAGGAUGCCGAGGGCCGGGGCGAGAAAGCGACAUUCAACCCGUCCGAGGUCUCGUUUGGGAUUUACAGCGAACUGGAGGACCUCAGCGCCUGUGAAGGCUACAAGCAUCUCAGAACUGUAGCAAGAGCUCACGCAGUGCAAAUAAUGGUGGAUGCAGUCCGCGAGGGCUUGCUGGACGUGGAUUUUGUUGGCAUCAUCGUCUCUGUAUGCAUGCACUGCAAGGCUGAUGCAGAGGCUGAUUUAAUCAUGGCAUCUGUCACGGAUAUCAAGUACCCCAAGCCAUCCGCACAGAUUACCAACUUUGGACAGGACCGAGCUAUGCGACCGAUGAGGCUCAUGGUUGAAUAUGGCGAUGCUGCCAAGAGAGAGCCGGCAGCCCUUGAAGCUAUCUCUAGACUUCUACAAAACGAAAGGCUCCCACACGACUGGAUCCUGUCAGAUUGCUGGAAGCCCGUCUGGUCGAUGGCAGUUCGUGUGUUAUGUCGCAAGACGGCAUGUGAAAGGACCAUAACUUUGGCAGCUACUACGCUAAGCAUUCUUUGCCAGAACAUCAGCCGCAAGCCCCUAACAACAGGUUCCUCUACGGCAAAAAAGAUGGCAGUUGAGCUCGCAGAUUCGUCACAAAAAGCUCUAGUUGCCGCACUAUCACCACUGGCAACAAUAUUGGUCAUUGGCAAGGAAGCAGUUUCUUUAGAGUUCAACUCUACCACACAACAUAGGAUAUCAGCUGUACGAGAGCGGAUCAGGGUCAUUUUACAUUGCUGCAUUGCUGGCUUGAGGACUAAACGGGGCCUCAAGGAAAGGAGUUGCAUUUUCUUUUUACUAUUAGCUUUAUACCUCUGCGAGGAUGGCGACUCAACUGAGGAAGAACAGCCUGAAGCUGAAGGAGCUGGCUUUCAGCUCCGACAACUGUGGCAAGAGCUUAGAACAAGCCAAGAAACGUCAAAGCAUUAUAAUAUGGCCGUAGCACUCGUUGGCUCUAUUGCCCAGUGCUGCGGCAGGGGCUCAACGAAUCCAGCAUCAAAAUACCUGAGCCAGCUUUGCAUGCGAGUGAAAGAACUUCAACUUGAGGGCAGGAUAUUCCAGUCAAUGGAAACAGAUGUCGCCUUCUAUCUGGCAGCAAGGACGAACGACCUGCGCGACCUUGCGUUCGCAGAGACGCUGGACUUAUCGCGUACUUCGGAGGCGACCAAUAAGGCUCAUCAAGGGAAGGAAAUGACGGAACAACCCAAAUCAGCGUUACUCAGCAAUAUGUUCACCGGCUAUCGCUGGGAAGAAGGUAUAAGUGAAUGGGUUAUUGCCAGUCCGCCACCGGUAUCACCGAGGUCGGCGUCGCCGUUAUCGACACGCCAGGUUCGCAGUAGUGGCACAGCGACGCAUGAACCUGACAGUAAACAGAGGAACCGACAACCACUAUUAGACAGGAUCGAGCGAGUCGUGGCCAAGCAGAAGGUUUCGCGACCCGUCACCUCUGCCGCUCCAGUCAUCCCUGCCCAAGCAUGUUUGGCAGAUGGAUCACCAAGGAAGGCCAUGCCAGAGACAGUUAAGGCGGAAACACCGAAGCAUGGCUCUAUGGCUAGAAAACUACGUUCCAUGUCAGCUGCAGGUCGCAAAAUGGCUACUGAUCUUGAGCAAGGGUACAGACUCAGGGCGACAACCUCUGCUCAGGGUCUGCCUGUAUCACCAUUAAGAAGCAGAAGUCGGGGUAUCAAUAACCCGCAGCCAGGCCUCGUGGCGGAUUACGAGAACCCAGCAAAGCGACGGAGGACAACAACAGGGCUACCUUUGCGGGAAAGUGUCGAUCGACUGAACACGCGGCAGCAGUUACCGCGUGAAGCGAGCGAGUUCAGCUAUAUUUCUGCGGAGCGAAAACGCCGCAGGUGGACAUGUGGCCCGAUGGAGCCGAGUAGCGAUGACGAGCUAUGUCUGUAA